ACACGCGAUAGAUACGCGUAGCAACGUGCGACUGUCGUCAUCGCGUCGUGCCAAUUUGUUUUUCAAGUAAGAACAAAGUCAAAGAGAAAAUAUUAAUACGUAAGAAACAACACAAGCUUUACAAGGAUUUAAUAACAAUAUGAACGCACCACCGACCUUUGAAUCAUUCUUACUCUACGAAGGAGAGAAAAAAAUAAUAAAGGAACAGGACACGAAGGUACCAAAUGCUGCUAUUUUUACCGUGAAUAAAGAAGAUCAUACUCUGGGAAAUAUGAUUCGGAACCAAUUAUUGAAAGAUCCUCAAGUCUUGUUUGCUGGCUACAAGGUACCUCAUCCAUUGGAACAUAAAUUUGUAAUUAGAAUACAAACAACAUCGGAUUAUACACCACACGAAGCUUUUAUGCACGCGAUAACCGAUCUUAUAGCAGAAUUAUCGUUAUUCGAAGAACGUUUUAAGGAGGCAAUAAAAGAAAAAAAGGAAGGGUUGGAUUAAUGAAUUUGAUAUUCGUUAUAGAUUUUAACAAAUGAAUAUGUGUAUAUAUAUAUAUAUAUAUGUCUCAAUUCGAUCUAGACUAAUUUCUUAUAUUUGCAAGAUCUUUACACGAUUGAGCACCUGAUGCAAUUGUUUCUUAAGUAGAUAUCUAACUUCAAAAAAUGUUUCUGUGAUCUUACUUAAAUACAAGAUUUGCAACUACAUUCGAGUAAAUUUCAUUAUUGAAUAUUUUCUGCGUUUCUGUAUUAAUUUUAUUCUUUAGGUUUUUACAAAGUACUUCCUUCGAUUUAUUUUACACAAACGUUAUGACAAGUUUAUAAAUUCAUAUAUAUGUAUAAAUAGGAUGACAAUAGUUUGAGACAAUAAUUGUUUUUUUUUUUUUUGUGUAUUAAAGUGUUCAAUUUUUGUGAGACUUAAAUAUUUGAAUUAUUUCAUCAACUUGCAAUAAAAACUGGAUAAUCAACGUUGGAACCUUUAUCUGUCAGGUACAAAAAAGCAACAAGCAAAUUAUACGAAUAGAUAAAAGCCGAUACUAUAAAUUAUUUUUGUAAUCAAGAAACUAACACAUAAACUUAGACAACCGAUUUCAAUUUGUAACUUAGAUUAACGUAUUAUAAAUAGUCUAUUAAGAUAAAAUAUAUUUCAUACCAAAUACGUAUGUAUAUUAUUAGAAACAAAAUAAUUGUGCCAAAUAUAUAAUAGAGGAACUACUUAUUAGAGUAUUGCGCACAUUUUGUACGUAAUAAAUAUUAAAUAGGAGAUGCAUCGAUUGAUAUAAA